AUGCUGUAUGAAACACAAGCGACGAUCAAUCGUCUGGAUGAAGAGCUCGGACAGGCCAAUGAGAAGGCGAAAUCACUGGGGGCGCACGAUGUGGCGACGGAGGACAACGCGAGUUCCUCGGGCACCAUUGGGCCUGCGACGCCUUCGAAAUCCAAGUGCAAGCACAACGACGAAGUGCCCACGCCCAGUCGCCAAUCGUCUCGGCAGACGAAGGCCAAACGAUUUGAAAUGUAG